AUGAUUACCCAUUCUCAUUUAAUUGAGAUGGGAAUCUUUCCAGAUGAUAAAUCUCAAUAUCUAUUACCAAUUUUUCCAACUGAUAAAAUAAAUAAGCAGAUUAUGCUUCGUUUUGCAGAUAUUGAAAUGGAUUCUAACCAAAAUAUUCUAGAAAUUCCAUUUUCAGAUUCCAGAAAGAUGCGAUGGUUAUUACACUUAAAAUCUUAUAUUUUAUAUUUAUCACAUACACCUGAACAAGCCGAUUUAUUAAAUGCAUCAGUUAUUACUGACGUAAACCACUUCUAUUCACCAUUUAUUUCUAGAAAUAUUGAUAUGGAUCCUAAUGACUAUAAUGAUAUUGUUCAAAAAAUGCUUUUGCAGCUAACAACGAUUUUUGAAAAAGAAAACUUCUCAGAAAAGAAAGCAAAACAAGUUAUAAAAUUAUACGAUACGAUAGCAAGUCAACAUCAGCGAUAUUCAAAAGAAACAAUCAGGCAUUUAUUCAAAAUUUUGAUUGGAUUAGCUGAUUACGCUGCUACAGACAACAGUGCGUUUGGUGGAUGUGCUUCUGUAGUAUCAAGCUUAUUUAAUACGAUGUUUUGGAUACUUUCUCUCAGCAAUGAUCAGUUUAAUUGGGAUCUUUUCAACAAAAUCACUCCACAAUGGCCAUUCUGUUCUUAUUUUGUUGAAGAAUGGAUGGUAUACUUCAACUGCUGCCUAGAUGCAUUUAAAGUUAAUAAAGAAAUGCAUUUUGCCGAAUUUCAUAUUCCUUUUAAACCAACUCCUGAUGAAGCUUUGGAGUUAAUUGUUAAUAUGAUGAAGAAUGGAAGCGUUUUACAGGACUCAAAGAACUCAAAAAUCCUUACUCAAGUAUAUGGAGUGAUUUCUGACAUGGUAAGUCAACAACAAGCCAGAAUUUCAGAUUAUUUCUACAUGAAAUGGUAUUCUGAUGAUAUUUUCGAGUUAUUUUCUUCUUGCCAGAAGUUAUGUUUUGGAUCAAAUGAAGAUUCUCUGUUAUCUAGCUUAAUUAUACUCUCAAGGAACAAAAUUAGACCAAAUUCCCCUUGGAUGAAGUGUUUACUUGACAGUGUUAAAGAAAAACUUCAAAAUCCAAAUACAAAUUCAAUAAAUGAGAUAAUUAAGCAGUCAAACAACUUAAUUUGUGCACAUCCGUUUGCUAUAUAUGAUAUUAUUGAUUCUCUAAUCGAAUGUAUAUACUCAACAAUCAAAUCUAAGUCAAUUGAAUACGAUAAUCCAAUUAUUUUGUCUCUUUUGCUUUCUUUAUCCGAAAUAUCCUCAUCGACUGAUAAAAUAUCAUCCAUAGUUGAUAUAGUUAAUGCUUAUACCAGUUUAAAUCCAAUUGAUUCCAAUUCAAAUUGGCAAUUUUUGUUAUUUCUUCAUAUAAUGACAGAAAACACUGAUAACAUACUCAAGUACCUUUCCCUCAUCAUGAAAUCUGUCCCUCCCCAUGAAUAUUUCUCUUAUUUGCUCUUUAUUUCCCAUUUUUAUCCGAAAAUUUUGAAUUCAAAGGAAUUCCAACCGUUUUUGGUCCAUCUGAUUUCGAAUUGUUUUUCGAGAGAUAAGUUCGCCAGUGAACUUCCUUUAUAUUUAUUAGCUUAUUUCAUUUCAGAACUCAAUGACACGAGUGAAUUCUUCAAAUUAGAGUCGGAAGAAAGGAAACUGAUCGUAAAUCUCGUGAACCAAACAACAAUCAAGACAGAAAAAGACUUAGGAGCCAUAUUAGAUUACAUUUUAAUGUAUUCUACAACAAAUUCAAAUCAAAUUUCACCGAAAAAAGCUCAAGAAAUGACAAACAAAGCAAAAGAGAAGAGUUAUUAUCAGAUAAACAAUGCGAUACUUACACUUAUCAAUCAAAACCCUGGGAAAAUCAUUUGUAUUGUCCGACAUUUCGUUGGAAUUUUCGCUUUCGAAGUAACUGACGAAGGAUAUAAAGAAGGUCAUGAAGAAGACUUACCGCAACCAACUAAUUUCGAGCAAGAGUCUUCAAAUAAAGAAAUGUUCGAAAUCGAGGAAGAUUUUACAGAACUAACUAACCUAUUAAACAACAAGAUAGAGCUCAAUUUCACUCCAUCAACACCCCACUUGCAAGUUCCUCACCCAAAGUUUUUCUCUUUCCUUGCAGGAACUGGACUUUUGGACGCUAAAAAUGAUCAUAAUGUAAAGGAAUUGAAUUAUUCCGAAAUCUGUCACUUUUUGGAAAUUUACGAUCAAAUUCCAAUCAAAGAUGAAAUAGCUGUAGAUGUUAUACAUUGUACUCCUUUACAUUUAGUACCUCCUGGUACUCCAAAAAUGUCAAAAGAUUUCAAAGAAUUUUUGGAUUUAUUUGGCCGGCCAAGUGACCACGACACUUUUGGAAGGAGUCGUAUUUAUGAAACUAAGUCGAUGAACAUUGUUUACAGAUACAUGACGGAGAGUAAUAGUUUUGAAAUUGCGAACAAAAUGAUGAUUGUUUACAACGAAACUGAUUUUGAUUGUAUAGAAGGAACAUUCCAGAAAUUGAGUCCUCAGAUUAUUCUUUCUGUAAAGAAAAUUGAAAAUAAUCUUUAUAGAAUUGACUUGAUCAAAACAGACAGAAAAUCUAGAUCACAUUUACCAAUAAUUUAUAGAAUUCCUCGAUUAGUUUCUAAACAAAACAUUGCAGCAACAAUAUCAUGUUUUGUUUUUGUCGCUUCAGUUAGUUUUUGGCGAGAAUUUGUUGGUCGUUCCACAAAGAGAAGGAUGGAAGCUUUAUCUUCUAUCUUUGUCAGUGAUGAAGAUAAGUUUACUUUCUUAAGAUGCGCUUUAGAAAAUAAACAAUAA